UCUUUACUCCUGGGAUGUAGUACCAUCCAACGGUUUUGUAACACCUUCCACGAAGUCAAGCACUGUCAUCCCCACCGCGACUCGCCGCCCCCGUGCUCCUCCGGCGACAGGCCGACAGCCCACCCAAGCUCAACCCCCACGCGGCGCGAACGUCGACAUCGCCUGUCACGGCCUCCUCCAUACGGCUCUGCUAUUCAGUUCUCAUGGGAGGACUCCCGCCCGGUCGCCUUCCACCUCCGUUGCGGCGACGCCCGCCGCUGACCUCGGGCCGGCGACAGUGCGUGCUUCGCUCUCUUCCUCGCCGAUGGAACGCUGAUCGGUGGUUCUGCAGCAAGCCUAAAACAACCUCCAAUUGGUUGAUGAAUUAUCCAAUGCUGGUGGUACUUUUGAAGCAUUUUACCUGUAAUCUGGGGCUUUAUUCCUACAAAAACGAGAACGAUCCCCAAGCUCAAGCCAAAGAGGAAUUUCACUUGGUCACUAGACUCACUACAAAUGGAGUGAGCACUAUCGUAAACUCUCUUAAUUAGUUGAUGUUUUUUGGUUCAAUCUCGAUUACACAAAUUGCUGCUCUUCUUGUCUUGUCUCUCAACAGUUACACUAGUUGAACAAGUAUUCAUUUUUGAAUGGUUCUUUCAACUAUUAUUCAGUUUGUAUAUUUGAUCUGCACUAUAACAUCUCUUUGAAGGGAUGAUUUUAAUGGAUUUCAUGUCAUUUUUCGCAUGUUGCAAUUCUAAUUAGUUGACACCUAGCUUAGUUAGCCUUGGAUCCGCUGGUCAAGUCUGACAUGCAAAUCUUGUGGAAAGACUUGACUAGAAUGUCAUGCAUAUUCAUCCUGAUAAAAAAUUGGUACGUAGUAUAAUCCAUAUGUGCAAUUUUGGAACAUUUCAGAAUGUCCAACCCCAUCAUAUCAUGUUCACAGCACGAGAGAACAGAAGAGGCAGCUGUGAGUUUUCUUUUACCUCCUAAUGAAUGACCUUCCAUAUUAGUAUUUGUUUAACUGAACAUCUGAAAUUUUAUCGCAUUAUCACAUUUAACCCUCGUAGUUGAAAUAAGCUCAAAGAAUCCUCCUCCGGCCUGGUCCAUGCAUUUAAUUCUUUCUCCCUUCAAUUCUUGUCCCGUACUGCUCCUACUGUGUAGGCACAUGCUGCAUGCCCGGACUCACUGUGCAGUGUGAACGGCAGAGACUCUCAUCCACUCCUUUCCUCAUGCCUGCCCGGACUCACUGCGCAGUGUGAACGGCAGAGACUCUCAUCCACUCCUUUCCUCCUGCCCGCCUAGCUCCCUACCUUGGAUUUUUCUCACUUGGAACGUUUGAUUGAUCACCGUUCUAAAAGGAUUUGAUUAAUUUGCGCUUACACCCCCUCUGUGAAGUAUAAUUAUAUUUUAUUUCGCUCAGUUUUCUCAUGCAAAUCUUCCUCUAAACAUAUUUUCUCGAAUGGCACGCAUAAUUCCUGAUAAAAACAUAUAAAACAAAAAUCUGUUGUAUGACCAUCUCUCCUGUAUAGACACAGAAAGUGUAGUUAAUGUGAUGGACCGGAACAUUGAUGCACUGUGUAACUGUGUGUAUCAUAUGGUACAUAGGACCCAUCCAUGGUCUGAUUAAUGUUGGCUGAGGGUGGAGCAUAGCCUGCAGCGCUUGACUGACUCCUCACUGGUGGAGUAACUACAUUUUCCUUGCACCUUCCUAAGCCUCUCCUGCAUACUUCUUCCUGCUGUUCUUCCUUAGCUAGUUUGCCAUUUGGAUCGGUGUUGGUGGAUCAUUCUGUUGCCUCAUUUCCCGGGUGGAAGAGGCAAAUCAGAAACAAGAAGCUAUCGAGCAGGCCGGCCUGAGACUGAGAGAAAGAGAGAGAGAGGGGGCGUUGGGCUUGGGCAUCCUCCUCCCCGAGCUGAGCGACAACCUCGAAGCAGAGGGGGAAGGAUACUGUUAAGAAGGGGGUCAUGGACCUCAAGGCCACGCAAGCUGCUCUUGAGAAGGUCUCCAAUGUGCAUUAAUUUGCUGUAGCGCUUGACUUCCACCUAAGGUAUGGUAUCCAUGAUCCACACAUGCGCAUGUGCCAUGCUAAGAUAAGCCAGCGCCUAAUCACGGUCACACCGGUGGAGACUCUCCGAUCGGGUUCCAGCGAUGGCUGAGCUCGCCGGGGGCGCCGUCCGCUCGCUGCUUGGCGUCAUCCACGACGAGGCUAAGUUACUGGGUGGCGUCCGUGGCGAUGUGCAGUUCAUCAAAGAGGAGAUGGAGAGCAUGAACAGCUUCCUCCUGCACCUCGCCAGGAAGACGCCCCGCAGCGGGGAGCACGACGAGCAGGUCCGCACGUGGAUGAAGCAGGUCCGCGACCUCGCUCAUGACUGCAGCAACUGCAUCGAUGUCUACCUACGGCGCGGCAAUCCGGCAGUCUACCGUGCCAGAGGAAUACUGCUGGGUUAUGUGUGGUGGGUGCCUUGGUUCGUCAAGAAGACGCUGGCUCAGCACCUCGCAGCCACCCAGCUGCGCGACCUCAAAGCCCGGGCUCGUGAUGUUGGGGAGCGGCGGCUCAGGUACGGCGUCGAGGUCCCGGCGAAGCUGGACGCCGACAAGAAGCUGAUGGAGGCGUCGUGGUCAUCAACAUUGUUCCAAGCUACUAGGGCAGUUGUAGCCGAAGGAGACCAUGACUUCGAAGAAGACUACUACCGGAUGAUAACCGAUGAUCCACGAAGGGAGCAAGCCUUUUCCGAGCCUCGCAUUUCUGACAAGUGCACUGAAAAGCUAGUACGUUGGCUUGAACAACAACAAGAGGACGGUCCAUUCCAAGCCAUUGCCAUUGCAGCACCAGAUGAAGAGGAUGGAAACGAAAUACCAAAUGAAGCUUUAUCUCAUGUUGCCGUUAAGGAAAAAUUCGACCACAUCUUCUCUAUAUAUGGCCGGUCUUGCCUGCAAGAACCCUGGGAUUUUCUUGGUGAUAUCUUGGAGAAGCUUGAAGAGGAAUCCAACAAAUCAGUGGAAGAAUUCGGCGAGGAAGCUAUCGACAAGAAGAUUAGGAAAAUCAAGGAGAAGAUCGAAGAGUACCUGGAGAAACCUGGUAAUAAAGGUUACCGGGUUGAACCCUUAGGAGUACUCUGUGGCAUCUUGGGGGUGCUGCUCCAGGAUGCAACUGCUGGUGAGGAUCAAAAUCAAACCCAGGAAAAGAUCCUUGACGAGACAGUGGAUAAGAUGAAAAGGUAUCUGGAAUCAGCGGGUGAAUCGAGUUCCUGCAGGAUUGGUGUUGAGCAUCGCCAAUACAUAGCCAUCCUGCAGGAGCUGCUUCCCAAGCAGCACACCACCCCGGGAAAAGUAGCCACAAAUAAACAAGCCGGCGAGGAUCAUAUCGUGAAAAAUAUUAAAGACAUCACGUUGAAGAUUCAUGUGCAGAUCACACCGGAGCUGCUGCUGCCAGUGUCACUUCACCAGCUAGAUAAAUCAAUGGGAGAAUCAGGCCAAGACCAGCUGUUUGCAGGCGAGGAGGACUGCAGGGAGAUGAUUGAACAUGUCCUAGAGAGGAUCAAAGAGCAUCUGUUAAUUCAAGAAACCGUGGGGAGGGUUAGAGAGCAUCUGCAGGGUACAAGGACACUGGUCGUUCUCCACAAUGCCUCUGGCUACAAAUGGGAUGAGACUGCAAAGGCCUUGCGAGAUUUGGGUUGCAGUUCAAUGGCAGUGGUAGUUACCACAAAAUACAUGCAGAGGGCCAACGAGUUUUGCUAUGGGACAGAACCCAUCAUAUACUCUUCUAUUGAAUACUAUCGCGAAACAGCGCUCCAACUUACAAAUCGGCAUGUGAAUGAUGACGAGAAGUACAGCGCUGAAAUCUACCAUGAGAUCUUGGAGAAAUGUAGGGUGGAUGAGUUCUGCAUAAAGAUGUUCAUCCAUGCUCUGUUUGCCAAUCCAAUGAGGAGCAGAGAAGAACUGGACAAGUUGAGCAACAGCCUCGUGUUUGAAGGAUCCGUGGAGACCAAUGGCUACAAGAUGAUCAAGUUCUCGUACAAUGAUCUUCCUAGGGAAUACAAGACCUGCUUGCUGUACCUAGCCAUCUUCCAUAAAGACGAAAAGAUAAACCGGACAAGGUUAAUUGGGCGGUGGGUUGCGGAAGGACUGAUAACUAGACAAGACUGGCCCAGUUCAGUCAGUCAGGCCGAGCAUUGUUUCGAGGUACUUGCCGACCUAUGGCUUCUGUGUCCUUGCGACGUUGGUACUGCAGGGAAGGUCAAGAGCAUUACGUUGCAUCCACUAGUGUACAACUUCAUCACCAAGAUGGCCAGGAAAGAACACAUUCUGGACACACGCCUAUCUUGGCACCUGGCUCGCCACUUCUCUGUUCUCAGCAACAUCCGGCUCCGUCCCUCGGAUAGCAUCUUCAACUUCUUGAAGCAACCAUCCCGAGCAUCAUCUCAGUUAAAUCUCGUCAAGGUCCUGGAUCUGGAAGGUUGUGCAUCCCUUAGGGAUAACCAACGAUGGCUCAGGAACGUGUGCACCUCAUUAAUACUGCUCAAGUAUCUGAGCCUAAGGAACACAGAUGUCACUCAGCUGCCGAAGGAGAUCAACAUGCUCCAGCAGCUGGAGGUGUUGGACAUCCGGCACACUCCUAUGAAUGCCUGCGCCACAAAACUGCUCAUGCUACUGAAGCUAAAGCGUCUGCUGGCUGGUCACACCGGCACUGGUGGUGGUGAUGCUAGCACACUUUCCACUGUCCAGAUGCCUCACAAGGUUAGAAAAAUGAUGGACCUGGAAGUGCUGUCACAUGUACAGGCUUCGAAACAUCAUGCUACAGAGCUGAGAGAGAUUGGCCAGCUAUGGCAACUAAGGGUUCUUGGUGUGAUCAUUUAUGAUUGGAAAGCUCAACUUGAGAACUUACUCCAAGGGAUUAGCGAUCUGAAUGAGUGCCUUCGGUCUUUGUCGAUCGAGAUCAAGCCUCCGCCUUCCAGGCAGGCUGCUACUCCUCCUGACGUGCCUGCAGCCGGUGCUAUCAGUGCACACUGUAAAAACACACCCAAGCUUCUUGAAUGCCUGAGCAUCAGUGGAGUCACGGUGUAUGAGCAUCUUCUCCCAUUGUUCGCAAGAGGCUGCCGCAAACUUGCUGAGGUAACUCUUCAUAACACCUCGUUAGACCACAAUGAUAUGGAAUCCCUCGCAGAUUUGCCAAACCUACGCGGCCUCAGGCUCCAGCAUGUUAAUUUACACACUGAGGGCAAGCUUAUAAUCCAGACUAAUGGGUUCCAAAAUCUCAAGUAUCUUGUCGUUGAGGGGGGCGGCAUCACCGACAUCAACUUCGAACUUGGAGAAGCUCCUAAGCUUGAAAACAUCACCUGGCUCAUCGACGGGAUAGUGUCUCUGUCGGGAAUCAACAACCUUCCCAAGUUGAAAGAAAUGGUGUUCAAUGAUGGUGUCAGGCUACCAGAUCAGGUGAUACAAGCCAUAGAAGCACAUCCAAACUUCAUUGAUACUAAUGGAAUAUGGGAAUUAUGCUAAUCAGGAGUGAAUCUAUGGUUCCUUGAUUUCAACCUUACAAUGUGGUCAGCAAGGGUUGCUUCAUCCAUUCAUUCAAGCUUUACUAUGAUUCUGCUUUGUGUGUGAACUUGAUUAUGCUCGUAUAUGUGUUUGUGUUAAAAAAUGCGAGAUCAUUUCUAUACAGCCAAUAGGGGUGUCUGAAUGUAACGAUAACGUGUCAUGACUCAUGAGUGAGGGUGUAUGCUUAUUUGUCCUAAACUAGCACAGCAGCCCACGAAUGCAUGAGCCACAUCUUUGGUGUCUAUUUUUGUACUUACAUAUUUGACAUUAUAUUAGUUCAAAAACAAUUAUAAUUUCA